AUUUUUUACUGUGUAAUAGAAACAUAUGUUUCAUGUCAAAAAAUGUAAACAAUGUUUACAGCAGUGUUGUAGUUCUCAUCGUUCUCAUAAUUUAAAAUCUUUGGAUUAGAUCAAGGCUUACAAUCGACACUUCUUAAACGGGAAACAGGCAGCUACGGCGAACUGCCAAAAUUGUUUCGCAAAUGGAGAACGCCCAGAUUGAUUCCUUCCAACUGUUACCAAGCGGAGACCCUUGUCGACUGUGUCUCAAGAAGUGCGAACAAUCCUACGGCCUUUACGUAAACUCCCCGGACGGAAUUUUGCGAGAGCUACCGAAAAAGAUACUGGACUGCAUUGCAUUGGUUGUGACCGACAACGAGCCGCACAUCUUUUCCAAACUGGUGUGCAGCGAUUGUAUCUGCAAGCUAGACUACUUCUAUGAGUUUCGAGAAAAUUGCCGUAAAUGUCAGGCGUUCUUCAGCGAAAUGCUUAUGUUCUGUCAAGCGGAAGCUGCUAUCGAACGUCAGCAGGAACAACAGCAGCAACAUGCUCAUGAUGUCCAUCAACAGAUACUGCCAGAAAUUAGCUUUCCUGGGCACGACUUCUUAAUGGACGGAAGCACUAAUAAGGAUUAUGAGUACAUCAUCCAAAGCCUGGAGAAGGAGGACAUUUUGUUUUCUGCCAACGUAGAGGCUCUAGAGUUGAAAAAGGAGCUAGAGUUUUCGAUUCAGCAAAAUCAGCAGGAAGAGAAAUUUAUUCCUAUGGUCGAAUCCUCAGGGCCGGAAGGUGUAAUCCCUAGCGAAGAAACUUGUUUUAAUAAUCUGGAAGCAAUAGUGGAAUCCAUUGCGCAGCAGAACGCUUCCGUGGGAUAUGCAAUCACCGAAACUGUUCCGGGGAACGAUCUCGAUUAUGACGAUUUUGUGGGUAUUGAAACAGUAGACGACAACAGAGAUGCUUCAAUUUCAGAGAUUCAACUUCAGCAAAUUAUCGAGGAGCCUCCAAAGUACGAGUCUGCAAUAGUAACUGUUGCUGUCCCAUUAGCGUCAGAUGAAACUACGGAGAAAGUUGAUCCUGCGGAAUCCCAAACCGUGGUUGGGCAGAUACCUCUUAUGCAAGCCCCAAAUGACCGCACAUGUGAUAUUUGUGGAAAAGUCUGCUCCACUCGCACAAAACUGAAAAUCCACCGAAACACGCACCUCAACGUGAUUCCAUUUCAUUGUACCUUUGAAGGUUGCCUCAAAGCAUUCAAAUCAAAGAAAGGUUUGGAUGAACACAUGGCGAAUCACACUGGAAAUUUUGCACUGUCUUGUAACAUUUGCGGAAAAGGCUUCUUGAAGCAGAGCAACCUAACUAGUCAUCUCAGGACUCACGCGGAUCAAAAAACAUUCCGCUGCAACAUUUGUAAGCAAGCCACCUUUAAGAGCAAGAAAGCUCUCCUCGAUCACAGAAAUCGUCACCUAGGUUUGAAACCGUUCGAAUGUGAUCAAUGUGGGAAGCAGUUUACCAAUCAAUAUCUUCUGGAACAGCACGAGAAGGUCGUCCACACCGGGGUUCGGUUCUCAUGUCCUCAGUGCGAUAAAACAUUCACCUGUAAAAGUUAUCUGAAGGUACAUCAACGGAUACACCAGAAUGUUCGACCGUUCACGUGCGAAGUUUGCAACCGAGGGCAUGUAACGAGGCGGGAUUUGGAAGUGCACAUGACUUUGCACACCGGAGUAAAGCGAUUUGUCUGUGACGUGUGCGGUAAGGAUUUUGCACGUUUGAAUGCACUAACGUUUCACAGGAGAAUACAUGAGCCCCGUAGAAAAAGUUCCGAGAAUAAAGAGGAGGAUUUGCCUACGGCAAAUGAGUAGUAGAUUAAUAACGUCUUUAUUAACUUAAUAGAAAAGAAAAAUCAUUUCAGUUUUCACUAACCGAUUGCUCAUUGAGCCGGUGACAGCUAAAGUGGUACAUUUUGUAACCUCUCAAA